GUCUAAUAUGGUGUGGUUCUAAUAAGUCAGUUAUAAAUCCUCCAAAUCUCCCAGGGACUUCCCUUUAAUUCUUCUGAGUAAUGGAGAGUGAGAAACAAAAUACAUGUCAACUUUGCAAUGUGAAAAAAGCUACAUACAAGUGAGCUUUUAAACUAUCUGGAAGAACUACAAGUUUUCUCUGCAUGGUCAUUUGCUGUUGUGUAUCUUCUGUCUCAGGAAAGCAGCUAAACUCUUGAAGAAUGUUGUCAGAAGGGUAUCUUUGUGGAAUCCCCUAUUUUUGUGACGACUUCUUGAGUUCCAACCUCUACAGAAAGCGAGCAGCAGAGGAGAAGGUGCAUGAGAUGAGCUCCACGUGUGGCUUUACCUAUUCCUCCAUGGAUGAAACACAAGGCAGAAGUCUCUUUCAGAGGUGCAGGUCUGUGGGCAAGUUCUUUUCUUCAGUCCAUUCCAAAGGAAGCAAACACAAUGGAAGACAGAAAGAGACUUUACUGCAGGUUAUUCAGAGCACGGAGUUUGAAAGGCAAACAUCUCCAGUUGGGGAUAUGUCUGCAGGAUCCACAAGUAGAGAUACCUACCUAGUUCCUUCUUCUUGUAAAAGCAUUUGCAAGAAUUACAAUGAUUUGCACAUUGCUGGUGGCCAUGUGAUGCCUAUCAGCUCAGUAACAACAGAUUUUACCUGUGACAGUGGGAUAGGCCCAUUUUUGGAGUCAUCAGAGAUUCCUCCGCCUAUGGAAUCCAUGAGGAUGCCACCCAAUGACCUCAUUCGCAAGCCCAUCCAAGGGUACUCGUCAUGCUGGCGAGUGACCAGCAUAAUGCAACACCAGCAGCCCCUCUCCAAUUCAAUACUGAAUGAUUACCUAGAGCAGAAAGUGGUGGAGCUGUACAAGCAGUAUAUCAUGGACAGCAUGGUCAACAGUGCAUCCCCCACUCAGAUCCUGGCCUCUGAGCUCAUCAUGACCAACGUAGACCAAAUCAGCAUGCAGAUAUCAAGAGAGAGGAAUAUGGAGACCACCAAGGCCAAAGACAUGGUCAUUAACUGCCUGUUACGACUGGCCAGUGGAAAAGUAUCUAGUGAAAUAAGCACCCCAAGUUUGCAAAUUUCGCAAUAAAGCAGCAUCAGUGUGUAGACUGAUGGCAUUAAGGUGCUCUGCAGCUAGAAAGCUCACAGGUUUUGUAAAUACAAAUGUAAAGUUCUCAGUUUAGUACUUUUCUGGUAUCAUUGAAUUAAACCCUGUUAUAACGAAUAGUAUUGUUAUUUGACCAAUUUUUGUUGGCCAAAGAGAAAAGCCUUCGAGCUACACAGAUCUGGUCCUGAAGAAGAGCUCUGUGUAGCUUGAAAUCUUGGCUCUUUCAUCAACCCAAGCUGGUCCCAUAAAAGAUAUUACCUUACCCACCUUGUCUCACUAAUAUCCUGGGACCCACAACAACACUGCAAAUGUUAUUGUUAUUUAUAAUUUGUACUGUCGUUGCACCCAGGAUCCCCAGUCCUGCUAAGCUCUCCCUCCUGCUUGGAAUCUGCCCUUCUAUCAUUUGUAGGGCCCAACCAAAUUCACUGUCCAUUUUGGUCAAUUUCACGGUCGUAGGGUUUUAAAAAUAGUACAUUUCAUUAUUUCAGCUAUUUCAAGCUGAAAUUUCAUGGUGUUGUAAUUGUAGGGGUCCUGAUCCAAAAAGGAGUUGUGAGGAGGUCGCAACGUUAUUGUUGGGGGUGGGGGGUUGCAGUACUGCCACCCAUACUUCUGCACUGUGGCUGGUAUCGGCGCAGCCUUCAGAGCUUGGCAGCUGGAGAGCGGUAGCUGCUGGCCCAGAGCCCAACUCUGAAGGCAGAGCCACCACCAGCACCAGUGCAGAAGUAAGGGUGGCACGGUAUGGUACUGCCACCCUUACUUCUAUGCUGCUGCCUGCAGAGCUGGGCCCACAGUCAGCAGCCGCCGCUCUCAAGCUGCCCAGCUCUGAAGGCAGCAGCGCAGAAGUAAGGAUGGCAUGGGAUGGUGUGGUAUUGCCACCCUUACUUCUGCACUGCUGCUGGCUGGGCACUGCCUUCAGAGCUGGGUGCUUGCCAUCAGCCACCACUCUCUGAACACCCAGCUCUGAAGGCAGUGGAGAAGUGAGGGUGACAAUACUGCAAUCCCCCUAAAAUAACCUUGUAACCCUCCUGUAGCUCCCUUUUAGAUCAGGACCCCCAAUUUGAGAAAUGCUGGUCUUCCUAGUGAAAUCUGGAUAGCAUAGGGUAAAAGCACACAAAAGACCAGAUUUCAUGGCGGGAGACCAGGUUUCAUGGUCCGUGACGCUUUUUUCAUGGCCGUGAAUUUGGCAGGGCCCUAAUCAUUUGUACAAGUGUGAACCUCAGCCUUCUUUCCAAACACAGCUGUGUCCAGAUCUCACAACUAUGACUAAUCUCUAUUGUCUGCCCCAAUUCUAUCCAUCCCCUUACUUUCUUUGUUUCACCACCUUCCCUGCCCACUUUCCCUCAGAUCCAAUCCAAGGUCCAUUCUGAGCCAAGUAGGCUCCCCAAGUGUGUGUAUAAAUUUGUUUUUCUCUGAACUGAACCUUUAAAAAGAACUGUGAAAAGUGAUUUGCAAUCACUUGGAGUCAUUGUUUUUUUUUUGCCAGCUAGCUAGAUACAAUGCAGCUUGGGGAAUAGAACUGAGCUUUAGAACAUAGCACUCUACCACUUCAGCUAAAAGAGAAUCUUCCUUAACUUCCUCUUUUCAGGCUGUUUAAUGAAUAUUUUCUUAUGAAUCAAGUGGUGUAGGGUAUUGAAGAGAGCAGAAAAUCAGAUUCAUCGUAGUUGGGAGAAUUCCAAGCUGCACACUAAAGGCCUGACCCAUUGAAGGUAACGGGACUAUUUCCACUGAAUGCUUGAGGAAGUCUAAAUAUCCCACCCAAUAGUGGGCAGCGGUACAUGUACACAGCAAGCAGUACAUUAAAGUUUGUUCCUAAUUAACUUGUUUAUUCAGAAUAGUUUCCCUUGCUGUGAUCACUGUCAUGCACCUCAGAUCACAGAGCCUGGUUCUUGAUGUACUCUUAUAAGGAAGUCCUUCCCACCCCCCAGGCUUGCAUUCACAUUUUUUAGACUCAGUUCUUUGUGGAAGGCACUAUCUCCUAUUAUGAGUUUGUACAAUAGCAAGCAUAAUGGGGGGCCAGCCCCUCUGUGUGCUACUGUAAUAUGAUAAAUUAUUAAUAAACAUCCACCAGGUAUUUUUGCUUUGGCAAUUCGUUAGAGCUUAAUAGUUGCCUUUGCAUCUCUCUCAGUGGGAUCUUUUUUACUUUCAUCUGUACAGUUUUUUUUAUCAGCGUGUAACAUUUAAAAAAAAUAAAUGUUACUGUACUUAAAACUUCAUUUUGUUGCCACUCUCUUGUGACAAAUUGCUUAGUGAUAACAUGUAUACUUCCCUACUGUGUGAUAAUUUCAGGAUGAAAUGAAUAUUUGAAGUAAAAAUUGUUGAAAUUUGUAGAUUUCUAAUACCUUUGAAGUGAGGGCCCAUUCAAAUACAGGGGCAUUAUAUCUUGUUGUCAUAGCAACCUACUAUAAUACUAUUAUGCACCAAAUCAGGAAAGGUAAUCUUUCUUUUGUUACAGUUCAGGAUACUUCAAUGAUCAAAUGCAAUUUACAAAUAGAAAUGAUGCUAUUUUCCAUCCAAGAAACACAUUUUCACGGGA